UCUUCUCAGCAAGAAAUGAGGUCUAACGAGAAGAUAUCCAUUCAGAGAAGUGAACUAUUCAUCAUUCUGAAAGACUUAUUGAACAACGAACUAACAAAAACUCUUGAAGUAGUGGAAAACUACGUUUCCAAAAAAGCGAAUCGGAAAUAUUAUUUAUCGGAAGAAGAGAAGAAAAGUGUGUCCUAUUUGUUGUAUCGAUUUCGCACUUUAUGGAAAGAAUCGGCGAGAACAGAGAGCAGAUUUAGAGCAAAAAAUCAGGAAUGGUUAAAUGGUUCCAUUGUGUUCAAUGAUCAAAAAGCAUCCGGUGAAACAAAUACUGAAAAAAGACAUUCGAAAAGCUUCGCGGAAUGCAGUGACAGAUCAAAACGUAGAAGAACCCAACAACUGCGACAAGAGUACGGUGCUGAGGAACUCGCAUUCGCAACUCAGAUGAGCCUUCGAUCAGCAGGACAAGUUGACGCAGCGCACGUGGUUAAAAGGGUCUCGGAGGGGAGUCCAUCUAAAGCAUCAUCGUACAGAUCGUCGGAAGGCCAGGUCAAAGAGAGAACAUUGACGCCUGAAGAAGCAUUGUCUGUUUUCAUUGAAGCGAAUUUUUCCAAGCGGCAGUAUUUAGUUGUAAGGUCAGGUUGUACAAUGGUCAAUUCGAAAGCUUAUCCUUCUUAUGUCAUCGUCGCAGAAGCAAAGAAAAUGUGUUACCCUGACAAAGAAUCAAUCACAAUCACUGAAACAUGUGGUUCUAUAAGUCUUCAAUCCUUACUGAAUCAUACUGUUAAGCGUAUUUUAAAUCUGCGAACAAAUGACAUUUUAAACUUGAAAGACGAUGUUUUGUUAAACUUGAAUUUAAUCUGCAAGUGGGGCUGUGACGGAACGUCGGGGCAAAGUGUCUAUAAGCAAAAGUUUUCCAGUAAUGACGAUGCAGUAACAGAUAGUAGUAUAUUUUUUACAUCACUAGUACCUUUGCGAUUGUUGCACAUUGCAGAGGAUGGUACAGAAAUGAUCAUAUGGCAAAAUCCCCGACCUUCUUCCUCACGGUUUUGCAGACCAAUUAAAGUAGAGUAUUUAAAAGAAACACCGGAAACAACCAGAAACGAAGUGAAAUAUGUCGAAGACCAAGUGGAAAAUCUUGUUCCGUUUAACGAAUAUUUUCGCGGGAAGAAUAUUAAGGUGCGUUACAGUUUAUCACUGACAAUGGUGGACGGUAAAGUUUGCAACGCACUGUCGGAAACUGACUCAGCACAACGUUGUUAUUUGUGUAACGCAACCUCCAAAGACUUCAAUGAUAUUAAUAUGAUGGUUGGACUUGAUAUAAAUGAGACAAAUUUAGAAUUUGGCAUAUCUUCGUUACAUGCUUGGAUCCGAUGUUUCGAGUGUUGCUUACAUUUGUCAUACAAACUAGAUAUCAAAAAAUGGCAAGCGAGGGGUGCGAACGUUAAAAAAAUUGUUGAGAAAAGAAAGGCUGAUACACAGAAAGCCUUCAAGGAAAAAUUAGGCCUAAUUGUUGACCAACCGAAGCAAGGGGGCAGUUCAAACGACGGCAACACUGCUCGUCGCUUUUUUCAAGAGGCUGCAACUUCCUCUGAAAUUACUAAUAUAGAUGUUAGUUUGAUCAGGAGAUUUCAUAUAAUUCUACAAUUGAUCUCAUCAAACUAUGACAUCGAUAUUAGUAAAUACGAGAAGUUCGCCUUUGAAACAGCUGAGCUGUUUGUGGAUUUGUAUCCAUGGUAUCCGAUGCCAACAACUAUCCAUAAACUAUUGAUACAUGGUCCUUUAAUAAUAGCUUCGGCUUUGUUGCCAAUUGGCCAAAUGUCUGAGGAAGCGCAGGAAGCUAGUAAUAAGUUAAUAAAAAAAUAUCGUCGAGAUUUUUCGAGAAAACAUAGCCGCAAAGCGACAAUGACCGAUGUAUUUCAUCGACUAUUGCUUAGCUCCGAUCCCUUUGUAUCAAGCGUUCGAAAAAUUCCAAAAAAACAAAAGAAAUCACUGUUAUAUGAAGCACGGCAAAUGAUCAUAAAUGAUUCAGAUACAGAAAGCGAAGUAGAAAUUUCAGAUGUUACACAUGAAAGCGAUUUUGAAGUUGACAGCGAUUGA